CACGAGGACUCCAUUUUUGGGUGUGUCGAUUUAUUAGGUGUGUUCAGAGGCGGGGUUUAAUAUUACACGUGUUGCCAUGUCCUUCUGUAAGGCUCUGGUUAAUCACCCACUUCGUCUUGUCUCCCUCUGUAAAGGUUUCAGUUCUAUAGGGUCCUUUUCUCAUAUUCAGAAGGACUGGGACGAGUAUUAUCAACCAGAGACCUGGCUGACUAGUUUCGAGACCGGGGAACGACUCGGCAUAUUCAAACUUGAUAACAGAGUGUUCUCUUGCUCUCCUCGUCUGGACAUACUCCAGCGUGUCGUUAUAUGGCAGCUGGCCAAGAAAAGAGCCGGUACGGCUAAAGUGAAGACAAGAGGAGAAGUUAGAGGAGGCGGUCGUAAGCCGUGGCCCCAGAAAGGACAUGGUCAAGCAAGACAAGGUUCAAUUCGAGCGCCUCAUUGGAAGGGAGGUGGAGUAGUUCAUGGGCCUAGAGGUAAUGCCGAUUACAGCUAUACGCUACCAAAGAAGGUAAAGGCAUUGGGUCUGUGUACAGCACUGUCAGUGAAAUAUACUCAGAACGACCUCAUGGUAGUUGAUGACCUCACUGUGAACAACAAUAAUACAAAGAACUUGUUAAGAAUACUAGAUAUACACGGAUUGAAGUCAGUUCUACUUGUUGAUGGAGGGGACUAUGUCAACAUGUCCAUUGCUAUGUCAGGAGGUAAUAUACCUCAUGUUGAUCUGCUACCGUCAACCGGGUUGAAUGUUGUUAGCAUAUUGUCACGUGACAAACUAGUACUUACAUUAGGAGCUGUGAGAAUGAUUGAGAACAGACUCUGUAAUCUAUUGUAUUAAGUUAUCAUUAAUUUUUAUUAUUAUUAGUAAUAAUUCAUAAUAAUAUUAUUGUUAUUAUUUAUUAUUAAAACAAAACUGUCACAGUAGGAGAUGGUGUGUGUGGACAGAUCA